AGAGAAAGCAUACCGAGAGAUGAGCAUAAAAUGGCAAUUGAGGGACCAUGCCCACGUAAAAAUUCCGAUUACACUCUCUAUCACCACCAAAUUGCAAUCAAUCUCUCAAGAAAACACACGGAAUCAUUACGUGUACACAAAAAUGUCUUUCAACCACGCCAUCGUCAUCCAGGGCGCAGGCAAGGCCUCAGUCGUCGAAGCCUCCAUCCCCAAGCUCCGCGACGACUACCUCAUUGUCAAAGUCAAGGCCGUCGCCCUGAACCCGACAGACAUCCUCCACAUCGACCUCUUUGCCGUCACAGGAGCCCGCGUGGGCUGCGACUAUGCCGGCAUCGUCAAAGAGGUCGGCUCCAAGGUAGCAAAGUCCUUCAAGAAGGGCGACCGCAUCGCCGGCGUCGCGCACGGGUCCAACGCCGUGCACCACGAAGACGGCACGUUUGCCGAAUACAUCACCGUCAAGGGCGACCUGCAGCUCCGCAUCCCGGACAACGUCAGUUUCGAGGAGGCCGCCACCCUCGGCGUCGGCGUGACCACCGUGGGCCAGGGCCUGUACCAAAGCCUCGGUCUGCCGUACAUUGACCAGCCCAGCGCCGAGAAGCUGCCCGUUCUCAUCUACGGCGGGAGCACGGCGACCGGCGUGCUGGCGAUCCAGUAUGCCAAGCUGUCUGGUCUGCACGUCAUCACGACGGCUUCGCCCCACAACUUUGCCUACCUGAAGAAGCUGGGCGCCGACGAAAUCUUGGAUUACAAGUCUGCCACCGUCGUGGAGGACAUUGAGAAGAGCGCGGGUGGCAAGCUGAAGCACGUGCUGGACUGCAUUUCCUCUGAGUCGUCUGCGGACAUCAGCGUCAGGGCGAUUGCGGAAGACGGCGGCGUCUACUCCACCCUGCGGCCCGUGCCGGCGGAGCUCGUCUCGGCGAUCAACAGCAAGGUGACACCCAAGAUGACGCUGGCGUACACUGCCAUCGGCGAGCCGUGCCAAUUUGGCCCGCAGGCCUUGCCGGCGAUCCCGGCGGAUUUGGAGUUUGGUAGCAAGUUCUGGGAUGAUACCGAGCGGCUGUUGGGAGAGGGGAAGAUUGUUGCUCACAAGCCUACUGUGAAUGAGGGUGGAAGUGGUCUCGAAGGCGUUCUCAGGGGUCUGGAUCUUGUUAGACAGGGCAAGGUGAGCGGAACCAAGCUGGUUUAUGUCGUUUCGUAGUAGUUCAAAGGUUAAAAUAGCGAUACGGACUCGCAACAAUCAUGAGUAACAAUCAGAAUACUUGAAUGCGAAAGCUUCAUAAGCGGAAUUUGGGUGUUCUAGGGAAGGUUGAUAGACCUACAUCACCAUGAUCCCGGCAUCUCCAACUUUAGCUUUCCUCCCUAUGCGACUAAAUAUAAUGAAUCUAGCAUGUUCAACGACAGCUAACUAGCGAUCAUUCUUAGAUGAAAACAGCAUCC